AAGCUUUGCAUGCCGGUCAGAUGGAUUGCAGGAGAUGGGAGUUUGAGGGAGGCUGAGAAGUCAGGAAACUUUUUUGGAUAGAAUUGGUAGAGGGAAGCUGGAACAUUGCAACAUGGGAAGCUGCGUUUGGAAUCAGGCCAUCAUCCUCUGGAGAGCUCUGCUGAAGUUGCAUCUGCAUUUACAUAAGUUUUGGCAUGAGAAAUCAAUGUCCAUGAAGCGACUAUUCUGUGCUUUCCCUUUCUAGAUGAUUAAUUAAAGUGGCGGAGGGAUUGAUUUGACUACGAGCUGUCUCCUGAGGUUUCUGACUGUAGUGUUUUUGUUAUGUGGGAUAGACCAAGGUCUAUCUCUUUGGCUGGAGUGAUUAUGUUUUUGGCUCUCCUGCUUUUUGAGGGUCUGGCCAUUGGGUCAGUGGCAAAGUCCUGUUUGACUUCCAUGGGCCAGAAUCAGAACUGCAGUUUUGCCUACACAGUGUGGUGUAUUUAUCAUUCCAAGAGCAAACAGAUUUAAUAUUAAAGUUGUGCUGAAGGGUCACCAGGUUUAUUUGGCAGAUGAAGGUUGUGGUAUUUCAGUCAUUUGCCUCUGAAAGAUUUUGCUGGCUGCUGUGAGAGACUUUUUGUUCCUUCCCCUUGGGUUUGUACCUUUUCCACUGUGGGGUCCUGGGCAUGUUAGGAUGCCUGUGUGACCUUUUGUGUGGCAGGACUGCAGAGCAAACCUAGCUGAGAACAACAGGGUGUUGCCUCUACCUGUGCUCUUACAGCUCUUCUGCCAGGACAGUGAGACCUCCUGCCCCAGUCUGGAACUGCAAUCUGUCCUUGAGCCAGUGGUGCAGGACUCGUGUGAGCUGGGCAUGGCUUCUUGGUGAAUGGCUUAACAACCCUGUCCCAAGCUCUGCCCCACUGAGCUGUUCCUUUCUUCAAGCAUUUUACAAAACAAAAUAAACUAAGGGAGGAGUGAAGUCCUGUGGUCUGCUCCUCAGAGACUCCUGGUUUUGCUGGUGAUUUGUAUUUCAGUUUAAAAACAUCAGUGGUGAUUGUGGGAUUGCUGGGCUUUUUGUUCUCAGUCAGGGCAACUUAGACUGUCAGGGCCCAGAUGAAUUCCGAGGCACUGUGGCAAAGCCAACAAUAACAAUGAGGAAUGAUCUGGGAGCUAUUCUGGACCUGCCUGAUCACUUCAUCUGGGCCUGGUGAUGCUCAUUCCUCCCAGUGCUGGUGGUGCUUUGGGCUGUGUCCUUCCCCUGGUACUGUCCAAAAUACCAGAGUGACCAGAGGCAUCCCAGAGGGGGAUCUUCCAGAUGAUCCUGCUGUGGAGUGGGACACACAGCUCCUGGCCACCCUUGUCCUGGAGCACAUAGAAGCCAAGAACAUCAACCUGAACAGGUUGUGUGCCAUCUGGCAGUGGAGCAGGGGCUGCAGUCCCAGCAUGUCUGAAAGGAAGGAUUGCAAGGUGGUGACGUUUGAUGCAGGAGGAGUGAGUGGCCAUGCCAACCACAUCUCUCUCUACACUGCUGUCAGGUACCUGCAUUCAGAGGGGAAGUUACCUGAAGGGUGCCGUGUGCUGGUGCUGGAGUCAGUGAACCUCUGCAGGAAAUACAUUUCCUUCCUGGAUGUCCUCAUUUCCUGCCUCCUGCCCAGGGAUGCACUCUUCAUCCUCACAGAGGAGGAGACUGAACAAGCCAAGAGAGCCAUGAGGUGCCAUCGCAGCCAGCUCCUCUGGUUCCGCCAGCUCUACCUGCUCUUCUCUCGCUACCUGGUGCUCAAUUCCCUGCGCCUGCUCUGACAGGACACCACUCCCAGGAGCAAAGGAUGAGCAAAACCACCACUGCUCCAGGCCCAGGACUCAAGAAAGCUCCUGUGUUAGGAUGGGGUGCUCUUUGUGUGGCAUUCUCUGCACUACAAAAGCCAGGCUGGGUGAACCUCCUUCUCAAUAGCUUGUUGCCUGAUACACUGGGAACAAGGUUAACAGCUACUCCAUAUUCUCAUCAUAGAAGCUUAAAUAAUAUCAGAAAUUUGGAUUAACUUUAAUUGGGAGCCAAGCUCUGGAGGAUUCUGCACUGGAGAAGAUAUGGCACAAACUGUUUCCCCAAGAAGAUAGAGCUGCAAGGACUGCUUGGCAACUCUCCCUUGGUGCUUUUGUAAAACCCAGCUAUCAGGAGUAACUUUUCAAAGGUCAUGCUAUCGCCACAGAUACCAACAACCACAACACCUUUGUUAUUCAGUCAGAACUUUAAAAAGCCAAAGCUUUUGAAUAAAACAUCAGAAAUGAUGCAAUUUUUUCCUAA